UUGGAGUGCAGGGAGGGGCUCUGAGCAAGGCCUGCCCAGAGAACAUGGAUGACGAGCUCUCGAUCCUGCUGACAGCACCCCCCAGCACAGACAAACUCCAGCAUAUCUUGGAGGGUGGGAAACCGAGACACAGUUGGGACCUGUCUACACUACAGGUCUGUCGUGCGUUUGUAAUCUGCUGACCCCCACAUGUUGUUCAGAGCCUAUGGACAACCCAGCUCCUAAAGGUGCAGCAAUUAUGCCUGAGUCAGCAUCAGUUGAUGACUUCGGUUUUACCCCCUGGACAUGGUGUGCAUAAUGGAACAUUGAUUUAUGGAAUAAAGGUGAAGAAAUCAAUUGGAAGCAGCCAAGCAGCUGACAAACAGAAUGCUCUGCAGGGUGGGGACAAAGCAGGAUGAGCAGUGAAGUGUAAGAGACGGAGAGUGAAUUCUUUCUCUCUAUAUUUUCCAAUGACUCACUUCAGUUUCAUGCUGAAUUCAGCUAACUUGCAUUUACAAAUCUUCUGUCCUUGAAAACCAGAAAUGGAUUCGAAGCGCUGCUCCUGCACUUUCCUUGGCCGUCAGAUCCCGCACCUCCCUUCCCCCAACACAGAAGAUAACACCUUUAAAAAAAAAAAAAGUUCUGGCUGCUUUUGGAGCUGGAUCUACUCUGACUCGCACCAGCAUGAACUGGGCAUUACUGCACUGAAAUCAAUGGAGUUAUAUCCGUGUAAAAGUCAGUCUGAGUUCAGAAUUGGGCCUCUUUUGUGCCGGGUGCCCCACCAGCAACAGACCUGUGCCUUUGUAGCUCUGCUUGUAUACCUGCCCUGCUGUCCCACCACUCUGCUGCUCUGCACUAGCAGAGAACUAGUAAAUGUCAGUAAAUCUUACAAAACAGAGUAAGAAGACCGGUCCUGACAGCUGUGUAUGUUCUGGUGUUACUUGCAUCAGCAGGCAGAGCAGCCAAUCAGCACGGCACAUGCAAAAACAAAACAACUUCAGGAUUGACCCUCAUUUACAUCUGUAUAACCCUGUUGGAUCUGGAGGUCUCUUUAAAGCAGAGAUGGGCUGAAACCACACUAUUUCAAUCAUGAGCUCAAACUAACCCAAACUGCAAGGACUUAGACCUAGGAUUUUGGUUCAGCCCAGUGUGAAGAGAGCGGUCAUUUAAAGAAUUCCAAUGGGGGUUUGGCUUUUAAAUUUAUCCCAGUCUAAUGCAAAGCCUGUUUCACUCUGGGUCUCAUUCUGUUCUCACAGCAGAUAGCCCAGUCUGCAUUGAAGUAACCGCCGCUGAAAGAGAAGUUGAUCCUAAAUGCAUAGGUCUACAUUUUAAGUAGGGUGACCAGAUGUCCCGAUUUUAUAGGGACAGUCCCGAUUUGUGGGUCUUUUUCUUAUAUAGGCUCCUAUUUACCACACCCCCCCCCAGUCCCUGUCCCGAUUUUUCACAUUUGCUGUCUGGUCACCCUAAUUUUAAGUGACUGCUUGUUUUGAUUGCCUGUUUUUGGAUUGCCAACACAAGCCACCUUUUAAAAGGGCCUGAUUUUUCGGAGGUGCUGUGCCCUGCCUGUGGGCAGUUCCUGCAAUUGCAGUUGUAGGUGGAGAUGCCAUUAAAGCGGUUCAAGUUGAGCACUCAAAAUCACUAGCCGUUUGGAAAUCUUGGGCCAUAAAGAUGACAGGUCAGUGAUUUGUUGGGGGAAGGGCCUAAAGCUAGAGUCAUAUCCCCUCUUCUUGGUCCUCCCUUUCCCAUUCCCAUCCCCAAGGAUGGGAAAAAAAAAACCUAUAUGUUCGCUUGCCCUAUACGUUUGCAUUUUUCCACUCCCCACUUUUGUCAGGGCUCUGCCUGGUCACUUGCUGACUCUAGUCGCCUUCACUCUUUCCCUGCGUGAACCCCCAACUCUGAGACAGUGGUGGUGUCCCACCGGCAUCCCUUCCAGUGAUCACUGACAGCUUUGCCUACACCUGCCCUGUUCUUCCCCCACACCCCACCCCUCCUUUGUAUCCUUCACCCUUUCUGGCGAUUGUUGCAAGCAGCUGCAUCCUCUGCCCACCCCAUGGGGCCACCUUGCCUAGGCACCCCCCUUCCCCUGUCAAUCCUGGGGCUACACACACAUUGAUUCGGUGGCAGGUCCCAGCUGCAGCCAGCACUUGCUGAUCAAGCGAAUCUCAGGCAAGGACAGAGGCAAGUGCCUCCCUUUCAGCCCCCCGCGCGCUUCGCUCCCUCCUCCCUGCCAUGCAGAUUUGCAGUUGUCUGGGCGUUGUCAUUUCCAGGAGCAGGAGGAAGAGGAUUGGUGUUUGCGGGGCUAUAAAAGGGGAGAGCCAGGCGCAUUGUCCUCCCCCCCUUUCUGUGCAUCACCCACCCAGCAUCGUCCCUUCCCUGCCUGCAGCUCCCUCGCAGCCUUACCAUGAGCUACACCAGCGACCCGCUCUACCCACCCUCCUCCUAUAAGAAGAUCUUCGGGGAAACUUCUCGCCUCUCCAGCAGGGUCUACAGCAGCCCGGCACCUCCCCGGGCUGCCGGCUACCGCGCCCACCAUGCCAGGGACUCCUAUCCUUCCUCCUAUCGCAAGCUGGCCGGGCCCAGCUCCGCGAACCACCUGGAGCUGCUCUCCCAGUCCAGCGCGGUGAGCAACGAGCUGAAAAUCGUGCGCACCAACGAGAAGGAGCAGCUGCAAGGGCUCAACGACCGCUUCGUGACCUACAUCGAGAAGGUGCACCAGCUGGAGCAGCACAACCGGCUGCUGGAGGCCGAGGUCUCCCUGCUGCGCCAGCGCCAGGCGGAGCCCUCCCGCCUGCAGCAGCUCUACGAGCAGGAGAUCCGCGAGCUGCGCUCCAAGGUGGAGGAGCUGCGCCACGAGCGGGACGAGGCGCAGCUGGAGAGCCAGCAGCUGGCGCAGGGGCUGCAGCGCCUGCGGGAGCAGUGCCAGGAGGAGGCGCGCCGGCGGGAGGAAGCCGAGCUGGCCCUGCGCGAGUACAGGAAGGACGUGGACCACGCCACCCUGGCCCGGCUGGAGCUGGAGAAGAAGGUGGAGUCGCUGCUGGACGAGAUCGCCUUCCUCCGGAAGGUGCACGAGGAGGAGGUGGCGGAGCUGCAAGCCUCGCUGCAGGAUGCGCAGGUCUCAGUGGAGGUGGACGUGAGCAAGCCUGACCUCACGGCCGCUUUGAAGGAGAUCCGCAUGCAGUACGAGGUCCUUUCCGCCCGGAACCAGCAGUCCGCCGAAGAGUGGUACAAAUCCAAAUUUGCCAACUUCACCGAGGAGGCGGCUCGCAGCAGUGACAGCAUCCGCCAGGCCAAGGAGGAGAUCACGGAGUACCGGCGCCAGCUGCAGGCCCGCAACAUCGAGGUCGAGGCUCUGAGGAAUGCCAACGAGUCCCUGGAGAGGCAGCUGCAGGAAGCGGAGGAGAGGAGCAAUGGGGAGAUCCAUAAUCUGCAGGAGACUAUUAACCAGCUUGAAAAUGCUCUAAGGACGACCAAGGGAGAGAUGGCUCGUCACCUCCGAGAGUACCAAGACCUGCUGAAUGUGAAGAUGGCCCUGGAUAUUGAAAUAGCUGCAUACAGGAAAUUACUGGAAGGGGAGGAAACGCGGCUAAGCACCGUCAGCAGCGGGAACACCUUCGGCCUUGGCUACACGUUCUCAUCUAGCCCUUUCUCCGGCGCAAAAGCCUUCUCCGCCAGCACGGUCACUGUUAGGAGGGAGGAGAAGCGAGACCUGCAGGAAAGCAUCAAGGACCCCAGACUUUCAGAGGAGCCGAAGCCUGCCGAAGAAGAUCAGCCCAGAGAAGAAAAGGUCGAAGCCGUCCCAGCCAAGAACUAAACUGGAGUGAAGUCGCUAUGCGCCUCCCCAGGGGGAAAAGGAGUCCCUCACAGGCGAGAGAUUACAUUGUGUUCUAAUGUAGCCAAUUACAGUAACACUGAGCGGCAGCCUGGUCCAGUGGCUAGUGCUCCGGACUGGGACUCAGAGACCUGGGUUCUAGUCCCAGCUCUGCCACUGGCCUGCUGGGUGAUCUUGGGCAAGUCACUUCACCUCCCUGCGCCUCAGUUUCCUCUCUCACCUUGUCUGUAGAUUGUAAGCUUGUCUGGGCAGGGACUGUCUCUGGCUAUGUGUUUGUACAGCGCCUAGCACAAUGGGGCCUUGAUCUCCGUUGGAACCUUUGGUGCUACGAUCAUAAUGCUUGUAGAACAAAGGUAUGUAUGUGUGUCCCCUGCCCUCUCCAGGCUCGACUUCCAGGCCCUCAUCCUGUUCACACUGCACCUGGUGGUAAAACAUUCCAGUGACUUCAGCGGGGUCAGAAUUGGGCCCCUACAUAACAGUGUCCAGGGCUUCAGAGCCCUGACCCCUCCCUCCCACACCAUGCAGUGCACCGUUAGCUGCUCCAACCCCUAUUCUCUCCGUUGCGGUUUAUAGAGUAGGCUCAGUUGAAUGGGAGGUUGGCUGGUGCAGAACCAAACCUUGGUCCCUGUUGAAGUAAAUAUUGACACUCCCAUAGAUUCUAGAAGACCAUUUUAUUGGCCCAAAGCCUGGCAAACUUGGUCUAGUUGUCUGAAAGGAUUGGGAACCAAAGCCACUAAAUACCGUAUGGAAACCAAGUGAGAAUGAGGGUGUAAAUGGUUUUUUUUGAAAGGCCCCCUAGACACACCUAUUAUUCGACAAUAGCUAGAGCAGUGUUUCCCAAACUGCGGGUCACCGCCCCGAAUGGGGAUGGGCCAUCAGCAGAUGGUGUCACGGCGAUCCCUAGGGUUCAGAGGACACCAUUUUGCUCUGCACAGCGUGACCUUGCAUGUAUGGUGCGUGCAAAGUCACAAUGCCUGGAGGGCGCCAUUUUGCUCUACAAAAUGGCUACCUCUGCACAAUGAGCCCUCGCAUGCACUAUACGGAUGAGGUCAUGCUGUGCAGAGGAUGCUAUUUGGCUCUUCAAAAUGGCAUCCUCCAUGCUGUCUGGGGUCCCGGGAGGAAAUAAGUCAUUAAAAUGGGGUCGUGCCAGCAAAAAAGUUUGAGAACCCCCGAUCUAGAGCAUGUUCAUAGAUGGUCAGCCAGUUUCUUCCAUUCCCCCUUUCCCUGGUCUUUGUUGGGAGUUAUUUCAGCAUCUCCCUCCUCAUGAGACUCCUUCCACUCUUACACCUUGCUCUGCCUUUCCUGGGUUGUCUUAGCUAUACCAGCAAACCCUUUCUAGUGUAGAUAAGGCCAUGCACGACAAGAGGAGAGACAGACAAGCUCUGGUUUAGGGCCAGAUUCUGAUGCAUUUACUCACACUGAAUAGCACCUUACUCCAUAAGCAGUCUCAUUGGGGUACUAGAAAGGGUCUCAGUGUAAAUAAGGGUACUAAGAAUCUGGCCCUUCGAGACGAAUUUUCACAAGAGCACACUUGGCGUGUUUGGUGUGAAGCAUUUCUGCCAAUCUGGCCCGGAUUUGGGAAUUUUCAAAUUUAGCCCUUCUUGAUUAAUAGUGGAUUCAUAGCUCUUCUUUAAAAAACAGGAUUUGGGGCGUGUAGGGCAGAUUGCAUCAGUAAUAUUUUCUGGGAACGGCAAUCUGAAGACGUGUAACAUCCAAAAUGAUGAAGAUGUUGUGGAAAUUCAGGUGCUAUAAUUAUGAUGCAGAGAGACCGUCUGUAAAUACAGUCUGAUAUCCUUCAGUUAACAUCCAUAUGUUAUUUGUCUGUCUCUCUUCCAAUCCACGAAUGUACCCGGGGGAGGGGGGGAGAGAAUUGUAUCAUGAAAGUGAAUGUUCUGUAGAAAGAAUUAGCUUGAUAGUCUGAAUGUAGAGCAGACAGCGAUUGGUCGCUGGGGACAUUAGUGUUCUGUUAGAGGGCUUGAGGUAGGCUUAAAACUUUAGUCUAGAGCUGGUCAAAAUGGUUCGAAUUUCAAAACUUUGACAAUUUCAGAAUUUGACAUUUGAAGGGGGAAAAAAUUGGGGAGAAACUUUCUCCCCAUUUUUCAAUCAACUGGCGAUCUGGUCAAAAUGUUGAAUUUCAGAACAGAAAACGAGAGAAAAAUAUUUCACCCAGAUCUUUUGUGAAUGAUUUGACCACAUCAACUUGAGACUGUUACUGAAUGCAGAUCCAUGGCCUAAUCUAGAAUGUGUAUGUAUAGUGGACUGUAGACUGAUCAUAAGACAAUGGUUAUUGCAAGUGCUCUUUCUUUAAUCGAUAAGACAUUUUGGAUCGAGGUCUCAUUUUGCAUGAAGCUACCUUUCAGAUAAUUUAAAUGUGACUUUCCUCUUUUUCCAUUAAAAUAUUCUUUGUUUAUUUGGAAGGCAAAUGAAUAGAAAACCGAACCCCCAAUAAACAGUAUGUUGGUGUCUGAACAAAAA